AUGAGACGGCGAGGAGGAAGCAAGAAGGAGCUAAUUCCGGUGAUGGGUACGUCGGAGGAGGAGGAAGAGAUAACAAUCCCGUCGCAGUUUCAAUGUCCGAUCUCUUACGAGCUAAUGAAAGAUCCGGUGAUCAUCGCCUCCGGGAUAACUUACGACCGUGAAAGCAUCGAUACAUGGUUCGAGUCAGGCAACCGAACGUGUCCGGUCACAAACACGGUCCUAACCACUUCAGAGCAGAUUCCGAACCACGCGAUUCGGAGAAUGAUCCAAGGCUGGUGCGUGGCGAACAAGGGAUCAUCAUCGUUGGAUCGUAUUCCGACGCCACGUGUCCCCAUCACGAGCCAUCAGGUGGUGGAGAUUCGCGAGAAGUUAUCGUCUGCGACGCGGCGUGGGGACCACGUUUCGUGUGUGGAGAUGGUGAAGAAGAUGAAGAGAUUAGGGAAAGAGAGUGAGAGGAAUAAGAAAUGUUUGAGCGAAAACGGCGUCGGAUUUGUGCUCUGCGUUUGCUUCGACGCGUUUUCGGAAAACGCGUCAAACGUGACGACAGUGUUGUUGGAGGAUGUUUUGCUUUUGCUGACGUGGAUGUUUCCGAUUGGGUUAGAGAGUCAAGGGAAAUUAACUACUACGGCAUCGUUUAAAUGCUUGUUGAGUUUUUUGAGACGUGGAGAUCAAAACGCUGCAUUUUUGGUUAAGGAGCUUUUGUCGUUCGACGAAGCAAACGUUCACGCGUUGGUCGCGAUUAACGGCGUGGAAGAAGCGUUUGUGAAAUCGAUUCGCGAUUCUGUAUCGCUGACUUCGAUCUACCGCAUGAUCUCUGUAAAACCAGAGACUAUCUCAAGAUUUCUCGAACUGGGUUUGGUUAAUUUAACGGUGGAGAUGCUUGUGGAUUCGGAGAAUAGCGUUUGCGAGAAAGCGUUAUUGGUGCUAGACGCGAUUUGCGAACGCGAAGAAGGGAGAAGAGAAGUGAGAGGAAACGAAUUGGUGAUGCCGAUUUUGGUCAAGAAGAUUCUGAAGAUUUCGGAAUCUGCAAAGAAGAGUUUAGUUUCUGUGAUGUGGAAGGUUUGUAAAACUGGAGAUGGGUCUGAGGUUGAAGAUGCGUUGCGGUUAGGUGCGUUUAAGAAGCUUGUUGUGGUGUUACAAGUCGGAUGUGGAGAUGGUACGAAGGAGAAAGUUACAGAGUUGUUGAAGAUGAUGAAUAAACAGAUGAAGAUGAUUGGUUUUGUAGAUCGUUCGGAUUCUUCCAUUGAGUUCAGGCAUUUGAAGAAGCCAUUUUAA